AGGACACCCAACGCGUCCUAAGACUGUCCUUGGACGAGUUUGCCUUACCCAAGUUCUACCAGAUGUUUGGCAUAUCGAAGGUCAAGUCGGCAGCCGUCACCGCCUUCCGCAGCCCUUACAACAGGCAUACGAAUGAUUGGUACUCCGAGCACUCUUACGCAACAUGCUCAGAGUCAACCAGCACGGGUACCUGCGCAGGCGCAACACACACGGACCGCGAACGACUGCCUCUACAAUCACUAGAAAUCAUCACUGAUGCUCUAUUGGAAAUUAUGGAGGCUUGCAUGCGGGACAUACCGGAUUGUGAUUGGCUGCAGACUUG